AGUAAAACAACAUCCACAUCACAUCCGUGAAGCAGCAGAAGAGAAAUAGGAGCUUCUCUCGAUCCCAUCAAACUUCUCCUUAAGACUUCAGAUGCCAUCUGGAGCGCCAAAGGGGGAGAACUGUCAGGUCGAUAUGGACAGCAAGGCCGGAGAUCUGUUCAGCGCCGGAGAUAUGUUCGGUUCCGAAGACGCUCAUCCAACUGGCAAAGGUGGAACUGGAAUAAUGUCAAAGCUCUGGCUCCCUAAAGGCCUCUCAGUCACUUCGGCUAAAGAGUGGAUCGACAAGCGCCGGGUGUCCAUUCGACCAUGGGCCGGCUUCGUGGACCAACGCAAGUUUUCAAAACCCCGCAACUUCGGGGAGCUGUGUCAGAGAGUGGUGAAAAAUGUGGAAACAUUCAACAGCAACUACACCUUCAUCUUCCUGGGUCUCAUCCUCUACUGCAUUAUCAGCUCCCCCAUGCUACUGAUUGCCUUGGCUGUGUUUGUUGGUGCCUUCUACAUAAUCCACCUCAAGUCCCAGGAGUCAAAACUGGUUGUCCUCGGCAAAGUGCUGACUGUACCUCACCAGAUGGGUCUGGCUGGAGCUGUGUCCCUACCUGUGUUCUGGUUGGCUGGAGCAGGAGCCGCAGUCUUUUGGAUUCUGGGAGCGACGCUGUUUGUGAUUGGCUCUCACGCUGCGUUCCGUGAGCUGGAGCCAUCUGACAUGGAAGAGCUGUUGAUGGAGCCGGUGUGAGGAGCAGGCUGAACUCUCAGGAGGAGCAGGUCAACGAUCAGUCUGUACUUUGACCCUGAAAUCGUUGAAGCUGAGAAGGAAAACUACUCGUAGAUCUGUGUAUCCUGUAUUCCCUGUAUUUUCUUGCCUCUAAAAUAGUUGUUACAGACUGUAAAGCUUUUUUCAAACUCAUUCAUACACAUCUGUCAAUCUGCACUAAGAAUUAAAUUGUGGUCGGGUAUUUAAGCACAAUAUCAUGCAGACUCUAUGCCUUUCUCUGCAUAUUUUUAAACCUGGGAGGCCUCUGGUUUUUGUCACACAGCCUUUAGCUCCUUGUUACGUUGCAUAUGCAGAGACAUAUCUUUAUUUAUCUCUUUGCUGUAGAUGUCAUGGGAAAUAGUUUUGUUUUUUUUCUUCUGUAAAGAUAAUUCACAUGCGAUGGUCAAAGUUCUGCUAAAAAUGUAAUUUUCCAAAGACAAAGUGCCAUUUAAAGCUUUAAAAUCCGUCUCUUGUGAUGAUCAUGUAUCAAACGAGCUAAAUGUUUAUUCAAGUGAUUUAAAAAUGAUAUAAUGUGGUGUCGGCUGCUUAACAAAAGUUAAUGAGACAGAAUCUUAAAGGUCAGUAAUGGUGUUUAAUUUGGUACUAACUCUGCUCACAACAUUCAGAUCUGAAGGUCACUCCUCAAAUGUACAUCAACAAUUCCUCAAACCUGAAAUAUUUUUCUUUUUUUCAAAUCAAUCAUUCACUUGUUUACAUUUCAAUGAAAGUGUUUUUGUAUUUUAAUUACAUUUUGGAAGUGUAAUAAACCCUUGAUGUAAAGGUA